AGGCAUCAGCUGAGGCUCGUGAGGCUGUGAUUCAAGAAAUCCGUGCCCAAGCGUCGGUGGAGGCGGCUGCGCAAGUGUCUUCGGAGCUGAGCAUUUCAGAUUACCCCCGGGUCCAGGACACACUUAUCAGCCCCAAGAGAUAUGGAGCAGCAUCAGAGCUGCGGUCCGAAGCGCGCGACUCGUCGCCCCAUACGGUGAUAGGUGAUGAUGAGCAUAGCUUUGUCAGCCGCUCGCUCGACGGAGUAUCUGAGAUUGAUUCGCGCACUCACGCCCAUACGGUGACUGACAUGACUGAGUCAGAAAGGAUGGGUGCUGGUGAGCAAGCCGCUGAGAGUGCCAUGGACAACGAGGAGCGAAUCUCUGCGCUGAUGGCGACCCAGGGUGUGCGUAGCUAUACUGUCGUCAACGAUACACCAGCGGGCGAGAUGAAGGUUCACUAUGACGGUGAUAGUGCCACCAUGUACGCAGCGGCUGGGGAGAGUCGGGGCCAUGAGGGCAUGGAGACAUUCGUUGAGGCGACCCCAACACAGUACUACGAGCACCAGAAAGAGCGCUUAGCAGGGGAGGGCGGGAGCCACGAGGCGCCAAACCACUUUGUGAACAUGCAUGGUGACAGUGCUUACGAAUACGAGCACGAGCAAUCUUAUCCUGGGCACGAGCAGUCAUAUCCUGGGCACGAGCAGUCAUAUCUUGAGCACGAGCAGUCUUAUCCUGAGCACGAGCAGUUGUACUCCGAUCGCGAGCAUGAACAAGCGUACUCUGAAGGCGAGAACGGACAUUCAGCUGUCGACUCUGGGCACCGUGACGCGCCGAACAACUUUGUGAAUGUACACGGCGAUGCAGCUUUCGCUCACGACGCCGACCUAGCACUGCCCAGCCAUAUCACCAGCAACUCACCUAUGUUUUCGGCGACCACCGCCGCCGCAGGAAACGAACCACGUGCUGUCAACGAAUUAGAUCCGCUGAGCUAUGGCAGCGAGAUCUACACACACCGCAAGGACUUGCCGCUGGUGGCCCCUGCCGACAAGCCCGUUUCGGCGCAUCCAGUGGUGAUGACUAUGCCGCAGUCGCCAUUUGCACCGACCUUGGCUGAGGACAUGCACCCAGUAAUCCGGUUUGUCAUGAGCACAAUCAGUGCAGCCACAGCCCCGCCUAGCUCACAGGGACCAUCGUUCCCUCCUGGCCCAUGGCCGACCGGUUCCUGCUCCCGCUGGCCCUGCGUCACAGGGGUCAGCGCCUCAGGGGUCACCUCUCCCUUCUCCUCAGGGUCCUAUGCCUCAGGGCCCAUUGCCUCCCAAUGCCAAAUGUAGCCCCGUCGCAGUCGGUCAUGAUGGUAACCAAGCUUGUUACCCCUGCUGUCAAGUUCGUCACUGAAGUCGACGAAUAACUAGCAGCGGCUGGUUGCUAUCUACGAGGCUCAUUUUGUGCAGCCAAUGUUGUUUAAUCUUGUUAUCUGUUAGUUCAUCAUUCCAUCUCAUUUCUUAUCCUUUUUGCGUAUAGGAUAAAGCACGCUCAUUUUUUUACUUUCACCGCAUGAAUUGUAUGUGGUGCGCUCAUACUCCCUUUCUUAACUCAUCUCACAUAGCAUUCUUCUGGCAUGAAAAUGGAAUAAAAUACAUGAUGGCUAUAUU